AUGCUCUUCUUCUUGGCCAAAAUGUUAGCAUUCCCAAGGAAUGAAGAAUUUUGUUUCCUUUGGAUUGCUUGUGUUUUCAUCUCUGCAUGGGUUCAGCAAGGAACGGAAGCCUUUCGGUGUGGCAAUGGAUUGUCCUUGCCUCCUGACAAUGUGUGUGACUUCACGGAUCAGUGUGGGGACAAGAGUGAUGAACAGCAAUGCUCCAAUUAUGAAAGAUGUGAUUUCGAGAAUGGGCUCUGUAGUAUGACACGAGAUCAGAGUCUGCAACUUGGUUGGACAAGGAGAAAUGGAAUGACUGGUGUCUCACCUCCAUUUUAUGAUCACAGCGGCAAUACGUCUGCCCACUUCCUCUCACUGGUCUCCAAAGGGAAUUCUACUUCCUCAGACUUAAGAAGCAGAAUCUUUCUUCCGACAAAUAACCAACAUGCUUGUCAGAUUACAUUUUAUUACUUCUCCAGCCAAGUGAGUAACAAGUUAGUGGCUGGCCUUCAAACUACACGUGGUGGUCCCAUUCAGCAUUUAUGGCAAAACACAGUUGGGCUCCGCAAUCAGUGGGAGAGAAAUGUCAUGAACAUCGAGAGCAACCAGAAAUUUCAGGUUGUUUUUCAAGGUCAAAUAAUUUCAACUCCUGAACAGGAUGAAGUCAUAGCUAUUGACGAUAUAUCUUUCAGUUCAGGCUGCUUGCCUGCAAAUGAUGAAAUUUUACCCUGUCCAGAAACAUUGAAUACAGAGCAGGAGCAGUGCCUUCUAGAUACAAGUCUCUGCAGUUUUGAUUCUACAGAUGAAGGACUGAGGGUGUAUCAGAUCUGUGGAUUUGAAUUUGAUAUGUGUGACUGGGCGUCCGAAACAUCUGCUGGGCAAAUUUCCUGGAUGCGCACAAAAGCAAGAGAAAUUCCUGCAUUAGAAUCUAGACCUCAGCAGGAUCAAAGGAGUGACGAAGGUUACUAUAUCUGGUUAGGAGCUACGGAUGCUUCUACUCUUAACCAUUUAGACAGCAAAGCUUAUUUAAAUAGCUCUCUGUGUCACUGCCUGGGCAAGAGCUGCCAUCUUCAAUUUUAUUAUUCCAUGGAAAACAGUGUUCUGAGAGUAGGAUUAUACAAUAAUAAGGAAGAAGUAUUCUGGAUAUACAAUACAUCAUCUGACGGAAAAUGGGUGAAAGCAGAGGUGUUAAUACCAGAAAGCCUGAAGACGUUUAAGAUUAUAUUUGAAGGCACUCUUCUGAGCCAGAAAGGUUUUAUUGGGCUGGAUCAGCUCUGGGUCUAUGCCUGUGCACUUGCCCCACGCAGAAGGCUUUGCCCUAAGGAUGAGUUCACUUGUGCCAGUGGCCAAUGCAUUUCCCAAGAAUCGGUCUGUGACUCUCAGCCGGACUGUUCUGAUGACAGUGAUGAAGACCCAACAACUUGCUCAAAUCCCCUCACGUGUGACUUUGAAUCUGGGUUCUGCGGUUGGGAGCCAUUUCUCACAGAAGAUUCGCAAUGGGAAAUCAUGAAAGGAUUGGCCAGUGGAGAGAGCCACCUUCCCGAUGAUGAUCAUACAGCAAACACAAGUCAUGGCUCAUUCAUUUAUUUCCGUUCCCAUCAAUCUCCAAGAGUGGCCAAGCUUGGAAGUCUUGUUCUUACAAAAGCCCUCACUGCCUCUACCCCAUGUCAGGUGCGAUUUUGGUAUCAUUUGUCCCGGCAUUCACAUCUCUCGGUUUUUACAAGAACCUCCCUGGAUGGGAAUUUGCAAAAGCAACGUGAUCUCAUUGGAAUCUCCAAAUCUCAGUGGACACAAGCAAAAAUCAAUCUCCUUGUGAAGGCUGGAGAAUCUACUCUACCUUUUCAGUUGAUUUUGGAAGCUACUGUUUUAUCAUCAAAUGCUACUGUUGCUCUAGAUGACAUCAGUAUAUCCCAAGAAUGUGAAAUUUCCAAUAAGUCACUUCUAGGUACCAGCAUACUGAAGAAAGGUGGAUUUCUGUCACGUGAAGAUGCAGGCUAUAUUUCAUCCAGCAGAUUCCUUGAUUUUCCACCUGACUGCUCAAAUGGAACAGAUGAAGCCAAUUUUGGUUCCAGAUGCGACUUUGAAGCAAAUAGCUGUGGUUGGUUUGAAGCAAUUAGUGGUGACAAUUUUGACUGGGUAUGGAACUCUAGAAGUAACCUUUCCACUGAAUUUGAGCAACAGGCACCACUUUGGGAUCAUACUCACAACACAGCUCAAGGGCAUUUUAUGUUCAUUCUGAAGAAAAGCAGAAGCUUGUCACAAGUUGCCAAACUCCAGAGCCCAACCUUUAGCCAGGCGGGACCUGGAUGCACGCUUUCCUUCUGGUUUUAUAACUACGGUCUGUCAGUGGGGGCCGCUGAGCUCCAGCUACACGUGGAAAAUUCCAGUGACCCCACCGUACUCUGGAGAGUACUAUAUAACCAGGGCAACCAGUGGUCACAGGCGAAUGUUCAGCUUGGACGGCUUACUCAGCCCUUCCAUUUGUCACUAGAUAAAGUCAGUCUUGGCAUUUAUGAUGGAGUCUCCGCGAUUGAUGACAUCAGAUUUGAAAAUUGUAGUCUUCCGCUUCCUGCGGACAGCUGCGAAGAGCCAGAUUUCUUCUGGUGUCGACGCAGCAAAGCUUGCAUAGAGAAGCUUCUGUUAUGUGAUCUGGUAGAUGAUUGCGGUGAUCACACUGAUGAGGAUGACUGUGUACCUGAACUCCAGUGUAACUUUGAAAAUGGAAUUUGUAACUGGGAACAAGAUACAGAAGAUGACUUUGAUUGGACCAGGAAGCGCGGUCCAACUUCGACACUUAAUACCGGGCCCAUGAAGGAUAACACUUUGGGCACAGCUAAAGGACACUAUCUCUACAUAGAAUCUUCCGAGCCACAGGUUUUCCAAAACAGAGCUGCUUUACUCAGCCCUGUCCUCAACGCCACCAGUACAGAGGGCUGCACCUUCCGCUUCUAUUACCACAUGUUUGGAAAGCACAUUUACAGGCUGGCCAUCUACCAGCGAGUCUGGAGUAACACAAGAGGACAGCUGCUGUGGCAGAUAUUUGGGAAUCAAGGCAACAGAUGGAUAAGGAAACACCUCAGUGUUUCCAGCAGGCAGCCUUUUCAGGUUUUGGUGGAGGCUUCAGUAGGAGAUGGCUUCACUGGAGACAUUGCUGUCGAUGAUUUGUCAUUCAUGGACUGUACCCUCUACCCUGGUACUUUGCCAGGGGACCUCCCAACUCCACCAGAAGUGUCAGCUCCAGUAACGCUGCCUCCACACAACUGUACAGACGAUCAAUUUGUUUGCAGGUCCGGUGGUCACUGUGUUGAAAAAAUCCAGAAAUGUGACUUUAGAAAUGACUGUCCUGACCAGUCAGAUGAAUCAUUCUGUGCUACAAAAGUUUGCAGCUUUGAAAAAGGCAACCUGUGUCAGUGGUACCAGCCAAUCCCAGAAGACCUAAUUCAAGAUUCAAACACAUUCAGAUGGGGACUUGGUAAUGGAAUCAGUAUUCAUCAUGGGGAAGAAAAUCACAGGCCAGUGGUGGAUCAUACAACAAAUACCACAGAUGGCUGGUACCUGUAUGCUGAUAGCUCAAAUGGAAAAUUUGGUGACAUGGCUGAUCUACUCACUCCUGUAAUUUCACGCACGGGACCAAGGUGCACCCUGUUGUUCUGGACUCAUAUGAAUGGUGUCACAGUGGGUUCUCUCCAGGUACUCAGCAAGAAAGACAAUGUUACUUCUAAAUUGUGGGCUCAAAGAGGACAGCAAGGUGCACAGUGGAAGAAAGUAGAAGUGUUUCUAGGCGUUCAGUCACAUAUACAGAUUGUCUUUAGGGCAAAGCGUGGUAUCAGUUACAUGGGAGAUGUAGCAGUGGACGAUAUUUCCUUUCAAGAUUGUGCCCCCCUACUUAGCCCAGACAGGAAGUGUACCGCUCAAGAAUUCACGUGUGCCAACAAGCAAUGCAUUGCAAAGGACAAGCUGUGUGAUUUUGUGAAUGACUGCGCUGAUAAUUCAGAUGAGUCUACUUUCAUUUGCAGUACCUCCAAUGGGUGCUGUGAUUUUGAAUUUGACCUCUGUUCUUGGGAGCAGGAGCAGGAUGAUGACUUUGACUGGAAUCUGAAAGCUAGCAACCUCCCUGCUGUAGGCACAGAGCCAGCUGCUGAUCACACCUUAGGAAACUCCUCUGGUCAUUACAUCUUCAUAAAGAGCGUGUUCCCUCAGCAGCCCAUGAGGGCUGCCAGAAUUUCCAGUCCAGUCAUCAGCAGAAGAAGCAAAGAUUGCAAGGUCAUUUUUCAUUAUCACAUGUAUGGAAAUGGCAUCGGGGCACUCACCUUGAUCCAGGUGUCAGUAUCCAACCAAACAAAGGUCCUACUUAACCUCACUGUAGAACAAGGCAAUUUCUGGCAGCGGAAGGAACUAUCACUGUCUGGCGAUGAGGACUUCCAACUUCAAUUCGAAGGAAGAGUUGGUGAAGGACACCAUGGUGAUAUUGCCCUAGAUGACAUUGUGCUUACAAAGAGCUGUCUGUCACCUCACCGCUCUGUGACAGAAGACCUCCCCGAGCCUCUUCCAACAGGUUCCUGCCCCCCUGGCUAUCGGGAAUGUCAAAAUGGCAAAUGUUAUAAACCAGAGCAAAUCUGUAAUUUUGUAGAUGACUGUGGAGAUGACACGGAUGAAAAUGAAUGUGGUACCUCCUGUACUUUUGAGAAAGGCUGGUGUGGCUGGCAAAACUCCCUAGCUGAAAACUCUGAUUGGGCUUUGGGAGUUGGCUCUCAUCAGAGCCUACGACCUCCCGAGGACCACACACUUGGAAACAGAAACGGGCACUUCUUGUACCUGGAGGCCACUCCGAUGGGCCUUCGGGGCGAAGAAGCACACUUCAGGAGUGCUGUGUGGCAAGAAUCCAGCGCUGCCUGCACCCUAAGCUUCUGGUAUUUCAUAUCUGCAAAAGCUACAGGCUCCAUUCAGGUCCUCAUUAAGACAGAGAAAGGACUGUCAAAAGUAUGGCAAGAACCUGAGCAGAACUCUGGUGAGCAUUGGCAAAAGGCUGCCAUCCUGCUAGGAAAGCUAAGGAAUUUCGAAGUUAUAUUCCAAGGCAUCAGAACCAGGGAUCUGGGAGGAGGAGCGGCAGUUGAUGACAUUGAAUUUAAAGACUGCAUGACUGUGGGAGAGACUUCUGAGAGUUGCCCGGAAGCCACUGAUUUUUUGUGCCACAACAAGAAGUGUGUUGCAUCCCACCUUGUCUGUGACUAUAAGCCAGACUGCCCUGAUGGGUCUGAUGAGGCUCACUGUGGCCAUUAUACAAGCACACCAGGAAGUUGCAAUUUUGAAACAACUUCAGGAAGCUGGACCACAGCCUGCAGUCUUACUCAGGACUCUGAAGAUGACUUGGACUGGGCCAUUGGCACCAGAAUUCCUGCUGAAGCAUUGAGCCCAGACUUGGAUCAUACCCCAGGGAGUGGCCGGCACUUCCUGUAUGUCAGCUCAUCUGGACACAAAGAAGGACACACGGCAAGAAUCACUACUUCCCAGUACUUUCCAGCAAGUCUCGGAAUAUGUGCUAUUCGGUUCUGGUUCUACAUGGUUGAUCCCAGGAGUAUGGGGAUAUUAAAGGUAUAUACCAUUGAGGAAUCUGGACUAAACAUCCUUGUGUGGUCAGUGAUUGGAAGUAAAAGAACUGGUUGGAUGUAUGGACAUGUUACUCUCUCCAGUACUAGUGCAUUUAAAGUGGCAUUUGAAGCUGAUUUGGCUGGAAAUGAGGACAUCUUUGUUGCCCUUGAUGACAUCAUUUUCACCCCAGAAUGUGUCUUUGGAGGUCCUGUGGCACCCUGGCCAUCACCCUGUGAAGCCAAUCAAUUUUCUUGUAUCUACACACUCCAGUGUGUCCCUCUCUCGGGGAAAUGUAACUGUCAGGAAGAUUGCAUAGAUGGCUCUGACGAAAUGGAUUGUUCUCUCAGCCCUGCUCCUCAGCGCUGUGGUAAAAUGGAGUUCCAGUGCUCGAGCGACGAGUAUAUCCCAUCCCUCCUGCUAUGCGAUGGAGUGCCCGACUGUCACUUUAAUGAAGAUGAAUCCAGCUGCUCCAACGGGAGCUGUUCUGAUGGUGCGUUGACGUGCACUUCCUCUAACAGCUGUAUCCCACUUCACAAGCGCUGUGAUGGUUUGGUCGACUGCAUGGAUUUCCGGCUUGAUGAGUCCAGCUGCACAGAGUGCCCGUUGGGUUACUGCAGAAAUGGUGGGAAUUGUGUAGUGGAGAAGAAUGGCCCUGUGUGUCGAUGUGGACAAGGAUGGAAAGGAAAUCGAUGCCACAUCAAGGUUAACCCUUCCCUUGCAGAUUUCACAUACACUCAGAAUAAUAUACGGACUUUCCUGGGCAUUGGAUUAGCUUUCCUGAUGAUUCAUAUUAUAGUCGCAGUUGUGUGUUUUCUUGCAAACAGAAAAGUACCAGUCAGGAAAACUAAAGGAAGUGUUAACUGUGCAUUUGUUAAUCCGGUUUAUGGGAACUGGAGUAACCCAGAGAAAACAGAGAGUUCUGUAUACUCCUUCUCAAAUCCAUUAUAUGGCACAUCAGGAUGCCUGGAGACCAUAUCUAAUCAUCUGAAAUAGUACCAUCCAAAUCCAGUAUGAUCUAGGGUAUGUAGUUUAUAGAAAAUCCUACUCUGAAAUCUGAUAGAAACUCAUCUAUGCAAUAGUAAAAAUAGAAGUUCAGAAUACUAGUGCAAUUAUUACAUUUACAAAUAAAUUUUCUUACUGAAUAUAUUAGAUGUUUUCAUGGAAUCUGAAUCAGAACUUAUAUUCUUUGUGUAUCUGAAUAUUUUAAUAAAAUGUUCUCCUUGA